UCUACAUUCACCAGAUGCAUUCAAUCAUCAUAUAUGAAUCUAUGGAGGCAAAUUUUUGGAGAAUACUUUAAUUUUGCUAGUUGGUAAAUUGGUUGAAUCUUUGACAUUAUUUACAUUUAUUGAUUGAUAGAUUUGGUGUAUCCGUAGAUGUAUUCAGACAGAAUUAGAUUGAAAAAAUAGGAAAUCCUACAUAAAUGCAUUCAGACAGUGAGUAGAUUGAACAUUAGGAAACCCUAGGUUAGCAGAUUGGGCGGGAUAUAUUGUGGCGACACAGAAAUCAAUGCGGCGGAAUAAAUCGGAGGGAGGAAAAUCAGGAUUCUUGAAUAGCUGUGGUGGCGGAUCUGAUGGUGAAAAUUGCGUCAUUGUUUACAAACAAUUGUUCGGACCGAGUUUUGGCUAGGAAGAAUAUUUUUGGUUUUAGUUUUAUAGGUAGCUGGAGGUGUAGUCGUGCAAGCGGUAAUUUCAUUGAUUUGGGAGAGGAGGACAAAAGUAGGGAAGUGGAUUGUGUUGGAAGAGGUGGCGGAGAAGGAAGAUGCAGCUGCACUUCUCACCUAGCAUGAGAAGUAUAACGAUAUCAUCAAGCAGCAGCGGUGGAAAUAGCAAUGGAGGAGGCGGGGAUUUGAUGAAGAUCAAGGUCGCACCUCGCCACAUCUCUUAUCGCACGCUCUUCCACACCAUUCUGACUCUUGCAUUUUUGUUGCCUUUUGUUUUCAUUCUUACUGCCGUUGUCACCCUUGAAGGAGUCAACAAGUGCUCUUCAUUCGAUUGUCUAGGAAGACGGUUGGGGCCAAAGCUCCUUGGUAGAACUGAUGAUUCAGGGCAGAGGGUGGUCAAGGAUUUCAUAAAGAUCCUCAAUCAAGUGAAUUCUGAAAAAGUCCCCGAUCGCUUGAAACCCCCGGAGUCUUUUAGUCAACUUGUUACAGAGAUGAAAAUCAAUAAAUACAGUACCAAGGAAUUUGCUUUGAUUUUGAAAGGAAUGAUGGAGAGAUCUGAAAGGGAGAUUAGGGAGUCCAAGUUUGCGGAGCUAAUGAAUAAGCACUUUGCAGCUACUGCUAUUCCUAAGGGCAUUCACUGCCUUUCUUUGAGGUUGACAGAUGAAUAUUCUUCCAAUGCUCAUGCACGCAAACAAUUGCCUUCACCAGAGUUACUCCCAUUGCUGUCUGACAACUCCUACCAUCACUUUGUAUUGGCCACCGACAACAUUCUUGCUGCUGCAGUCGUGGUCACCUCUGCUGUCCAGUCAUCUCUAAAGCCUGAAAAGAUUGUUUUUCAUGUCAUAACAGACAAGAAAACAUAUGCAGGCAUGCAUUCAUGGUUUGCCCUAAAUCCUAUCUCUUCUGCCAUAAUUGAAGUGAAAGGUGUCCAUCAAUUUGAUUGGUUAACAAGAGAGAAUGUUCCUGUGCUUGAAGCUGUGGAGAGUCACAAUUUGAUUCGAAAUUACUACCAUGGAAACCAUGUUGCUGGGGCAAAUCUGAGUGAUACCACCCCACGAACAUUUGCCUCAAAAUUGCAAGCUAGAAGUCCAAAGUACAUCUCAUUGCUCAACCAUCUACGCAUAUAUCUCCCGGAGCUAUUCCCAUACCUUGACAAGGUGGUUUUCUUAGAUGAUGAUGUUGUAAUUCAGCGUGAUUUGUCUCCUCUGUGGGAAAUUGACCUUAAUGGGAAAGUUAAUGGAGCUGUUGAAACGUGUAAUGGUGAAGAUGAUUGGGUAAUGUCUAAGCGAUUUAGGAAUUAUUUCAACUUCUCUCAUCCUCUUAUAGCAAAAAAUUUGAAUGCUGAUGAAUGUGCUUGGGCAUAUGGGAUGAAUAUAUUUGACUUACGUGCAUGGAGAAAGACAGAUAUCAGAGACACUUAUCAUGCCUGGCUUAAGGAGAAUCUGAAGUCUAACUUGACAUUGUGGAAGCUUGGAACUCUACCUCCAGCUUUGAUUGCAUUUAAGGGUUAUGUUCACCCAAUCGAUCCCUCGUGGCACAUGCUUGGAUUGGGAUAUCAGAAUAAGACUAAUGUUGAGAAUGUGAAGAAGGCAGCAGUGAUUCACUACAAUGGCCAGUCAAAACCAUGGUUGGAGAUUGGCUUUGAACAUCUCAGGCCAUUUUGGACCAAGUAUGUUAACUACUCCAAUGAUUUCAUCAGGAACUGCCAAAUAUUGGAGUAGUAAUCAAUUAAUAGAUAGUGAACUAAGGAAAUGAUGGGAUAAAGAUGGAAGCAUUACAGGUUUUGCUAUAUGUCUCCUGGAAAGGUAAAGAGAUUGAUAUUCAGUUGAUAGAGAUGUGGAGAGAAACACAGAGCCUGGCCAAGAUUGCUGAUAUUACAUAUUUGCUCCCUUUCCCCGACUCUUGAAUGAUUGGACUUGUAUUACUGGCCUGGGCAUGAUAUUUAUUCAUUCAGUUGUAAAUUAGCAAUUCAUCGUCUAUUUUUUGAUUGGACCUUGGACAUGACCUGCGUAAUGGGGAUUUUACCAUGGUGCUUAGAAGGCAAUGAUAGUUUGCUCACUUGGCAGAAAAUGCUUGUGAUCCCAGUCUAUCACGCAACUUGGUGCAUGAAAGGACGAUGCAUGCCCUCUUGUAAGGCGCCACUGUCUCCAUUGGCCAUAGAGACUAUUAUUUUCCCGUUAUUUUUUGGUUUUGUUGGUACUCCUCCCCCGUCCCCAUUAUACCAUUUAUUAUUACUCUAUUUUUUUGGCUGAUUCUAUAUAUUCAUCAUGAUUUUAGUUGUCGGCCGAGUAGGGUUCUUACAUGGCCUGAUUGAAUUAUAGAACUGUUAUAGGUUACAUGGUGGUAAUUUGUUCUGUAUGAUUUAAUGAGAAACAUUGAUUAUUUUAUCAAAUUUAUGGUCUCUCUAUGA